UUUUUUCAUACAUGUACCUAGAUUUAUAUAAUUCUGCAAUUGGCUUGCAUUGGAGUCCUCCAAUUUUGUUCCAGAGAAGGCUUUCACUCAAAGGAAAUUGUCAUGAGUGCAAAAAAGACACUCUCAGACUUAGCAAAAACUAUUAAGAAGCUCAACUGGGAAAACAAAAAUCUCUUUGGGGAUCUCCUGGAAACACGGAACGAACGCAGAAAAGUACUCAAAGUGAAGACAGAAAGAAGAAAACCACAAGUGAAAGCAGACUCUAAACAAAACAGAGAAGUAGUGUCUUCUUUCUCCUACAGUGUCCUGAAAGUCUCCAAAUCAGACCAAUCUGAAGCAAAGAGAACAGUCCCCACUGUUGAUGAAAGCAAAAGGUCUCUUCCACUUGUUCUGGAUUCCACUUCUAACAUAUCAUCAGAGGGAAAGUUUCAGUCAGAAUUAGUAAAACCAGUAAAAAAUUCAGUCAUGAAACUGGGCUUGGACUUGCAGAAGUACCAGCUAUUUCAUCCUCAAGUACCAUCACCGCAGAGUCAGAUCAACAUUGGAUUCAUGCCAAGUGUUACAUCAAUCUUGUCAGAAACUAUGCCUGAAGAAAGUCGCCUGGCCCUUGAGAAGUGGAGAGCCAAAAUGAUUGCCCAGCUUGGGGAAGAGGGAUUCAGAUCAUAUGAAACUGAGCUGCUUGAGAAUGGGAAGCGUCUCCAUGCCGUCGUAAGGGAACGUCUUGAGGGCAAGCUUGAAGGAGAACUUUCCAUUGAUGCCUCCAUUGCGGGGUACUGGAGGAGUUUGGGAAAGACAUUGGAUAGGGUGUCAGAAGUGAAAUGUCUGGAGAAGCGUCUCACCCACUCGGUGUUACCUUACAAGGGCAUUGUUGAUUGUGUGGCCAAAUAUAGGAGUGCAGUGGCUGUCAUUGACUGGAAGACAGCUCAACGGUCCAAGCCACAUUUAAGUCACCUGUAUGAUGCUCCUCUGCAAGUAGCGGCCUACAUGGGAGCUUGGAAUUCUAUAUGUCCCCCUGAGAAUCAGAUCUCCCAUGGUCUGAUUGUGGUGGCUUAUUCAUCAGGUGAUCCAGCCCAUGUUCAUCUCCUUACAAAGUCAAAAUGCCUGGAAUACUGGAGCCAGCCUGUAGGACAGGACCAGGAGAUUUUCUUUGUUGGACUAGAAGGGAAAAUGUCAAGCAAAGUGAAGGAGCUGUUGGAGGACUUCUGGACAUGGCGGCUUGAUGAAGCUCCCGAGUUCUCCACCUUGAUUGGGCACAAAGAAAGGAAUGGAAAACUAGAUAGCUGGAGCUUUGACUCAUUGAAUGGAAGACUGAAUGCAGUUGAAAAGUUCAAGGAACGAAUCCAUGAACUUCAGAGUGGAGAGGACCUUACUAAGAUGGACAAGGACAAUCUUGAAUGCUUUGAGGAGGACCUCCGGCUCUUCAUUGAGGGCUUCAAAUUCAAGGGCUACCUCUACCCAGUCAACUUCAUUGAGGGUCCUCAAGUGGACCUUGAUCGAAUGAUCAACGAAUGGACCAAGUAUGAGGAUGAAGCAGACUACACAAUGCUCCUAUCCAGGUUCAGGCAGAUCCCUCAACAGCUCCAAGAAGUUGAGCUCAUUUUGGACGAGGGCAUUAGGAGCAAUCUCACUUUGCACAAGCUGUCACUAACAGGAGUGGAGAACCAGUUUGAGAAGUUGCAGGGAGACCCAGAGAAUACACCUUUCUUCAAACCAUUCCUCAACUUCCCCAAGGCGAUCUCGGACGAGCAGCAGGUGGCUCUCAAAACCCAAGCCAAAGAGUUGAUCAAGGAUCAGAUACAACCAGCUCUUGAGAAGCUCCAGAGGUUCCUGAAGGAGAAGUACGAGCCCAAUUGCAGGCCACACGUUGGCUGUACCACACUUCCCAAUGGGAAAGAAUAUUAUCAGCAGUGCCUCCGUUAUCACACAUCCACAGAUCUCUCUCCUGAGGAGAUCCACAAAAUUGGUCUUUCAGAAGUGGAAUCCAUUGAGAAGCAGAUGAAAAAGAUCAUCAGCUCCCUUGGGAGGAAAGAAGAGAUUAGGGAGUUCAUGGAGAGCAUCCGCACAGACCCACAGUUUGCCUUUGACAGUCCAGAUGAGCUGUUGGAUGGAUAUCGGAAGAUCCUCGAGAAGGACAUAGAGCCAAAGCUCCCAAGUAUUGUCCUACAUGCACCCAAGCUGAAGAUU